AUGAUGGAAAGAUUCUAUAAUCUGAAGGAAGAAGGACAGAAAUGGGAUAAUGAAAUAUGUCCAGCAGCAAUUAAGAAGAUGGAAGCAUUUGGUGAAACUAUAAAGACCUGGUAUGUUCAUCCUAGCAGGGUAACUGCUUUUGAAGUGAGGAAUGGUUUUUACUCUUAUGGUGUUGACUUACAAGAGUAUACUUGUACUUGUAAUUUGUGGGCUAUAUCAGGGAUACCUUGUGUACAUGCCCAAGCUGCCAUUAUGUAUACACAACAAGAUCCUGUGAGCUACAUUAGUAGUUGGUUUAGUAAAGAGAAAUAUAUGUUAACAUAUGGUUGUAACAUACUACCAGUCAAUGGUAGCAAUAUGUGGGUGGAAGCUCCUUAUCCAAAGCCCCUCCCACCUAUUGAAAGAAGGAUGCCAGGAAGACCAGCCAUCAAGAGAAAGAGGCAUGUUUCUGAACAUGAGGACAAGUUUUCACAAGUAUCAUCUAAGGGCAUAACUGUCCAAUGUACAAACUGCCAGCAAAAGGGUCAUAAUAAAGUCUCUUGCAAAAAUCUCAAGGUGAUCCCUGAACCAAAACCAAAGAAGAAAAUGGGAAGGCCUAAGUUGGAUCCUAAUCUUAUCCAUUGGAGAAGAGGUGGAACAUGA